UUCUCUCUCACUGGCUCUUUCAUUCACUUAGCUCCCACUUCACUCUCUUUUCUGCCUCUCCUCUCGCGUCCCACUCCUCAUUGCUGCAAACUCACCACCAAAGAGCAACCCUGUGACAACUAACGACCUAACUCCCCCCUCCCCCCCCCCCACCUCAUCAUCCACAUACUGACUUAGCUUUAAACCCACCAACAAAGGAAGUGUGUCAAGUCUCAAGAUCCAAAGAUAUCCGCCAUGACACAGCUCAACGGGGAGGAUUCGCAGAGAGCCAGACGAGGCCUCCGGCAGAUCCAGGCCGGCAUCCAGUCCCGCUCGCUGCUGGCCAGGAAGAGAGUGUCGAACAUCAGCAAGAAAGCUGUAAAGGGCUUUUUCAUAAGAAACGCCUUCGUCAUAUUCACCGUAGCAGCGGUCAUCAUCGGUAUCAUUCUGGGGUUUGGCCUGCGGCCGUACAACAUGUCCUACCGCGACGUCAAGUUCUUCUCUUUCCCUGGAGAGCUGCUAAUGAGGAUGCUGCAGAUGCUGGUGCUGCCCCUGCUCGUGUCCAGCCUCAUUACGGGCAUGGCCGCACUAGACAGCCGCGCAUCGGGUAAAAUGGGCAUGAGGGCGGUGGUCUACUACACCACCACAACGGUCAUUGCCGUGUUCAUUGGCAUCGUCAUGGUGCUCAUCAUCCACCCUGGUAAAGGCUCCAAGGACGAGUUCACCAAUCAGCAGCAAAUCGAGCGUGUUAGCCCCGCUGACGCCUUUCUGGACCUUAUCAGGAACAUGUUCCCUCCAAACCUUGUGGAAGCGUGCACCAAACAGUUCAAGACGCAGUACGCCAAGAGGGUGGUCCACGUCAAAGUAACGGUCAACGAGUCGGUGUUCCUGCUCAACGGGAGUCAGGUGAUGGCAAGGGAGGAGAUGAUCCCCGUACCGGGCGCCGUCAAUGGGGUCAACGCGCUAGGCCUGGUGGUCUUUUCCAUGUGCUUCGGGUUGAUCAUCGGGGGUAUGAGGGACCAGGGACAGCCCCUGAGGGACUUCUUCGACUGUCUCAAUGAGGCCAUCAUGAGGCUGGUGGCCAUCAUCAUGUGGUAUGCCCCCAUUGGUAUCCUCUUCCUGAUCGCGGGUAAAAUCGUGGAAAUGGACGACAUCACUUCAAUGGGCGGCCAGCUGGGAAUGUACACGAUCACCGUCGUCUGCGGCCUGCUAAUUCACGCCAUGGUGGUCUUGCCUACUCUCUACUUUGUGGUCACCCGGAAAAACCCCUUCGCCUUCAUCGCCGGGCUGCUGCAGGCCCUCAUCACGGCGCUCGGAACGUCCUCCAGUUCGGCCACGUUGCCCAUCACGUUCAAGUGCCUCGAGGAAAACAACAAAGUGGACAAGCGCGUGACCCGCUUUGUGCUCCCCGUUGGCGCCACCAUCAACAUGGACGGUACGGCCUUGUACGAAGCGCUGGCGGCCAUCUUUAUCGCUCAGGUGAACAACUACGACCUCAACUUUGGGCAGAUUCUCACCAUCAGCAUCACAGCCACAGCAGCCAGCAUCGGAGCGGCCGGGAUCCCCCAGGCGGGGCUGGUUACCAUGGUGAUAGUUCUCACGUCGGUGGGCCUACCCACUGAUGACAUCACACUCAUCAUCGCUGUUGAUUGGUUUCUGGACAGACUGCGCACCGUUACCAACGUCCUGGGAGACUCCAUAGGCGCAGGCAUCGUGGAGCAUCUAUCUCGCCACGAGUUGACCAAAGACCCGGAGGUGGCCCACUCGGCAGCAGCGGAGGAAGCAGGCAAGAAGCCCUACCGGCUCAUCUGCCAGGAAAACGAGUACGAGAAUGAGAGACCCGCCGUUGACAGCGAAACCAAAAUGUAGCACAGUUUUGUUGUUCUUUUCUUUUUUAAAAAGUCAAAAUAUUUCACUUCCAAAAUUUGACACUUCAUCCCAAAUGAUCAAAGGGUGCAAACUUUUUGAUAGAGACCGAGCCCUGCUACGAAUAGCGGAAGAAAAAAAAAACAGGACUAAAUGACACCCCGGAAAAUGUUAAUAAUUGCUUACAAAUCUAAAACUCAUCUUACAACAUUGCCCUUAUUUGUUUUAAUAAAUAAAUAAAUAAAAUAAAUUACAGAUGUAAUUUGGGGGAGAAAAUUCACCAAAAGUACACAUGUACGUGGACAUGCAACAACUCUUCAUAACUUCUAUUAACAACCCAGGCUAAACUUAGCCCCUCCCGAACACACAAAGAUGUUUGUGGAGUUUAUUUAUAUAGCCCGUAAUCACAAAAGAGUCUCAAAGGCCCACAGUUGACAAAGAUCGACUGAGGAUAGGUUCCACAGAAAACUAUGCUAAUUUGUGAAUAGUGAACCCCAAAUAGGCAGGGGUUCCCUGUACUCUGUCACAUGGCAGCUGUUUACCCAAACAUUAUUGGCAUGGUUGCCAUGUGCACCGUUUCUAUCAAGCCAUACACCUCCAUAAGAUAAGAGGUUUGUUUUUUUUUGUUUACAUAAAAUAUGCUACAGAAUGAACUCAUUCAUAGCAAACUCUCUACAAACCUUUACAGUACCAAAUCCCACUUUUCCACUGCACAGUGCUGGUUCUAGUGGACACCCUAGAAAGAAAAAAAAAUUCAAUUAAAAAAUAUGGAGGAGAACAAGGGUUUCCUGUAUUUACUCGUCAGUAUCAGGAAGGACACAAAUUUUACUCGAGGGCAGCUGCAGCAAAGUGGAGACUUCUGUGUAUUACACUAAAGUGUCCAGAGCUAAGUCACAACUGCUGGCUAAGCUAACAUUAGCAUGUGUGAUUACUUUUGUCAUUUCUGUCCUGAGGGAUUUAAGUCUGGUGAUAGUAUUGGUAGGUACCGUGCAGUGGAAACAGUUCAUAUAGGUCUGUUUAUCUUCUGUCUUUUUUUAAAAUACAUGUUUACUCUUUUUAGAAGGACAGUGUUAUUCACCAAGAUUGAAGAGAAACGCAUUUCCUAAAGUAACCCAGAUAAAUCCUGGCUGUGCAGUCAUUUUCCUGGUGACGCAUUAUUGUUAAAUGUUUUUGUUUUUUUCCUAGAUACAUGCCAGCUCUCUCUUGAUAAAACUUUGCUGUCAUAUUUGCCCGUUAUGCUACUAACGGGAGGCCUAAUUACUAUUAGCUAUCACUAUUAGCACCUAAGGUAACAAUGCUAACAGUGUGGCGCUGCAAUAGCCAGAGGACAAAGCGAAGGUUCCAAAAUGUUCUGCAUGUUGCAUUUUUUUAACAAUGGUGCCUUUAUUAACAACAUUCUCAACUGCGAUGACCCAUUUCUCCGACUGGAGUCCAGUACUCCUCUGAAUCUAGCAGACCUACACAGAUUGUUACCGGCUUUAAUUGUAUGCUUGCCACCCCACGCACCACAGUGGUGGUGCUCAGAGACAGUUACAUCUUGAAUACCAUGCACAUAGAGGACACUGUGAAUAGCCUGGCUUCUUUGGGAGACCAAAUAGGGCCACCUACUUUCAAGGUUUUUGCACAGGCGUGAGAGGCAUUGUGAGAUGAAGUUUUGAAGCUUUGUGCUAUGCUUUUAGUUACUUUUAUGUCACCCCAAAUGCCCAUUAACCCUCCUAUUAUGUUUGGUUCUUCGCGACACUGACAAUACACUGACAUAUAUUUUUUUCAAUAUUUAAGAAAUAUAAAAGAAAAAUACUUUUUCCGAUUAAACAAAAGAACAGGUCGAUUUGACCUUCAGCAUAACAGGAGGGCUAACAAUUAUAAGGAAACUCAAAUAAAAAAUUAUCAGCCAUGUUUUCAACCCAAAAAUGUACUUUACCAAAUCCCAAUAUUUGAAUAACUUUAUACAUAUUUGGUAUUAUUUUAUACAAUUCUGGCCCAAAAAAACCCAACUAAAAACUAAAAGCAAAAUAAAUAAAAAAAAAAUACACAAGUUAAAACCACUAUUUUAUUUUAUUUUCACUAAGUAAUGUCUAUAAUUAGUAGAAUUCAUGGGAUUACCAUUUGUCUAAUUUUCCUCACUUACUAAAUGCAAUUAUUUUGUAUUUUAACAUCUAUAAAAUGCUGAUAAAGUUAAGGUUUCUUUUUUUUUAGUUGUCUUAAAUUUGUAGAUUUUGUUCUUGAUCUUAUUUGUUUUGCAUAACAGAUUCUUAGCGACACCAACAAUGUUCUUGGGUCAAUAUAACCCAGUGGAUGUUUCAUCAUCAAAAUAAAGUGAAAAUAAAUUUAAAAAAUUAAUCCAAAUUCAAAACAUUUUUAUUAAAAAUACAAGAAAAGGAAAAACCAAGGCCAGCAGACUAGGUUGAAUCCUUUAUUUGAAUAUAUAUUUUUUACUUUUAAGAAAAUUAUGUAUACAUACAUCAUAAAAUGCAAACAAUAAAUAAAUAAAAUAAAGAAAUAAAUAACAUAUCAGGAAAGUUAACAGUCAUAAGCAACCAAAAUUUCUCAGCCAAAUUUUGAAUCCCCAAAAGUGUAUUUAACAAAUCAUAUUUUUAAAAAUGUAGAUACUAUUAUUUUUAUGCAAUUCCGCCCCCCCAUAUAAUUAAUAAUGUAGAUUUUUAAGAUUCCAUGAUUAUCAUAUUUUAACAUAAUUAAAAUACUGAUAUAAUUGCAUUUUUAAAAUUAAACUUAAAUUUGUAGAUUCUGUAAUUGAACUAAUUUGGUUUUGCACAACCCCAAUUCCAAUGAAGUUGGGACCUUGUGUUAAACAUAAAUAAAAACAGAAUACAAUGAUUUGCAAAUCAUGUUCAACCUAUAUUUAAUUGAAUACGCUACAAAGACGAUAUUUAAUGGUCAAACUGAUAAACUUUAUUCUUUUUACCAAAUCAUUAACUUAGAAUUUUAUGGCUGCAACACGUUCCAAAAAAGCUGGGACAGGUGGCAAAAAAGACUGAGAAAGUUUAGGAAUGCUCAUCAAAUACCUGUUUGGAACAUCCCACAGGUGAACAGGCUAAUUGGGGACAGGUGGGUGCCAUGAUUGGGUAUAAAAGGAGCUUCCCUGAAUUGCUCAGUCAUUCACAAGCAAUGAUGGGGCAAGGUUCACCUCUUUGUCAACAAGUGUGUGAGAAAAUACUCGAACAGUUUAAGGACAAUGUUCCUCAACCUACAAUUGCAAGGAAUUUAGGGAUUUCAUCAUCUACAGUCCACAAUAUCAAAAGGUUCAGAGAAUCUGGAGAAAUCACUGCAUGUAAGCGGCAAGGCCGAAAUACAACAUUGAAUGCCCGUGACCUUCGAUCCCUCAGGCGGCACUGCAUCAAAAACCGACAUCAAUGUGUAAAGGAUAUCACCACAUGGGCUCAGGAACACUUCAGAAAACCAAUGUUAGUAAAUACUGUUCGGCGCUACAUCCCUAAGUGCAACUUGAAACUCUACUAUGCAAAGCAAAAGCCAUUUAUCAACAACACCCAGAAAUGCCGCCGGCUUCUCUGGGCCUGAGCUCAUCUAUGAUGGACUGAUGCAAAGUGGAAAAGUGUUCUGUGGUGCGACGAGUCCACAUUUCAAAUUUUUUUGGAAAUUGUGGCUCUCGUGUCCUCCCGGCCAAAGAGGAAAAGAGCCAUCCGGACUGUUAUGGACGCAAAGUUCAAAAGCCAGCAUCUGUGAUGGUAUGGGGCUGUGUUAGUUCCAAUGGCAUGGGUAAUCUGUGAAGGCACCAUUAAUGCUGAAAGUUACAUACAGGUUUUGGAGAAACCUAUGCUGCCAUCCAAGCAACGUCUUUUUCAUGGACGCCCCUGCUUAUUUCAGCAAGACAAUGCCAAACCACAUUCUGCAUGCGUUACAAAAGCUUGGCUUUGUAGUAAAAGAGUGCGGGUGCUAGACUGGCCUGCCUACAGUCCAGGCCUGUCUCCCAUUGAAAAUGUGUGGCGCAUUAUGAAGCGUAAAAUACGACAUCGGAGACCCCGGACUGUUGAACAGCUGAAGCUGUACAUCGAGCAAGAAUGGGAAAGAAUUCCACCUGCAAACCUUCAACAAUUAGUGUCCUCAGUUCCCAAACGUUUAUUGAAGGUUGUUAAAGGAAAAGGUGAUGUAACACAGUGGUAAACAUGACCCUGUCCCAGCUUUUUUGGAAUGUGUUGCAGCCACAAAAUUCAAAGUUAAUUAUUAUUUGCUAAUAAGAAUAAAGUUUAUCAGUUUGAACAUUAAAUAUCUUUUCUUUGUAGUGUAUUCAAUUAAAUAUGGGUAAAACAUGAUUUGCAAAUCAUUGUGUUCUGUUUUAAUUUAUGCUUAACACAACGUCCCAAUUUCAUUGGAAUUGGGGUUGUAUAAUAGAUUGACAGUACGUACAUAGAUUUAAAGAGCAAGGUUUCCUGAACUGUUUUUUUUUAUAUAUAAUGCUGUAAUCUAUUAUUGAUCAUCAAUGGCAAAAGGGUUUUUUUGUUUCAUUUUUAUUGUCAUACAUUUAAGAGUUUGUGUAUAGUAUGUCUAUGAUAUAUUUUACUAGGUUCGGGUGAUGGGAAUGUGAGGGAAACCCUGUUAUAGCGGAUUAUUCUGAAUAUAAGUGUACGUGUGUAUAGGGACGUGUAGAUAAAUGUGUUCAUUAACUGUAGUUAAAUCGCAAAACAUUACUUGAUUAUUUUUGUUACAAAUCCUGUUACCAAAUUCUAUAUGAAGUCGUGAUGUAAAGAACCAAAUCAAUGGGAUAGUUUAUUUGUUUACAGUUGCUGCUGUGACGUACACAGGAUGGAAAUGUGUGUAGCUGUAGGUUGCAUGAUGUUUUUUUUUUUUUUAAAUAAAAGAAACCAAAACUAAA